ACUAUAUAGUCUGCUAUCUCAUUAAAAAAAUUUUUUUUGUAUAUUUAUUUUUUAUUAGUAAACAUUAAAUAAAAUGCCGGAGAUAUACGAGAUAAUCGCUAUUUGAAACGAAUGGGGAUCGAAAUGAUGCCAUCGUUUCAAAGUGAUGCCCCUCCGCCGCCCUCGCAAAAUAUGAGCAGGUUCGUGGACAUUCUGGAAGUGCGCCGGCAUGGCAGUGACUUCAUGUUCAUGUCGCGGAAGUGGGAGCCAAUGGCCGCGUACAGGCAGUCCUGCAAGUCCAGCCCGACCAAGCUGAAGCAAGACGUCUUGUCCAGUUCCAGGGUGAAGCACAUAGUCGCAGAUAUGAGCCGGGAGGAGGGGCGCAGCGAGCGCGAGAUGCUGGCCAGCGUGCAGGCGAUGCUGGACGAGAUGGCUCUCAACCGCCGCACCUCCGUCAUCCGCUUCCUCGGCCUGCUGCUCACCAAGACGCUGAAGAGGAUCUGCUCCGGCCUCCACGUGGACCACGGCAGUGUGGCCAGGGCGAAAGAAGUGAUGGGUCACAGUCCUGUAGUGUUUGCUCCGAGCCACCGAAGUUACGGAGACUUCAUACUCAUGUCAUACGUGUGCUUCACGUAUGACAUACAGAUUCCUGCAAUCGCUGCUGGAAUGGACUUCCACUCGAUGUGGCUGAUGGGGCAGGUGCUGAGGGACUGCUGUGCCUUCUUCAUGCGUCGCUCGUUCGCCAACGACCGGCUCUACUGGACUGCCUUCAGCGAGUACGUGUACAAGCUCGUCACGGAGAACGAGUCGGCGAUAGAGUUCUUCAUCGAGGGCACGAGAAGUCGGUCUGCCAAGUCGCUCAUGCCAAAGUUUGGUUUCUUGUCCCUGGUGCUUAUGCCAUUCUUUGCUGGACGGGUUCCAGACAUCGUUAUAGUUCCUGUUAACAUUAGUUACGAUCGUACCUUGGAGGAGAAACUGUUUGCUUACGAGCUUCUAGGAGUUCCUAAACCCAAAGAAUCUACAAAAGGCCUGCUGAAGGCGACGAACAUCCUGAGGGAGCGGUACGGGAGGGUCCACGUGGACUUCGGGGCGCCGGUGUCGGUGAAGGAGUUCUGCAGCGGGUCCGUGCGGCGCGCGGCCCACCGGCUGGUGCCGGCGCACGUGGACCGCCUGCGCGACGAGGAGGCGGCCGCCUGCACGGCCCUGGGCCACCACGUGGUGGCGCUGCAGAGGCGACACUCCGUGCUGGCGCCCUUCAGCCUGGUGGCGGUGCUGCUGGGCCGGCACGGGCCACUGCCCCUGCCGCGCCUGGUGGAGGGGGUGGCGUGGCUGGCGGCCGUGCUGCGCUCCCUGGGGGCCGUCGUCGACCUGCCAGAUGGUGAUUCUGUUGAAACGAGAGUGAAAGAAGCUGUGGAGAUUCAUCGUUCUCUAGUAACUAUUACGCCUGAAAAUGUUUUGCAGCUUACAAAAGUUGUCUCUCCUGAAUGUACCAAAGAUCUCUCAAAAGUGAAAGGACAUAACCUCUCCCAGGAAACAAUGGACGUGGCAAUACCUGUUGUAAUGUUGCAGCAUUAUAUAAAUCCCACCUUGCAUUAUUUAAUAAACCUCGCCUUCAUAGCCAUCAAUGUGAAUUAUCAUAGUCUCCAUAAAGAUGAACUGUACAUGAAAUACCACUUCUUAAGGGUACUUCUGUCCUAUGAGUUUGCUUUGUACAAAGAUUGGGAAUUAAAGGAGUUUGAAACUUCCAUGGCUCAGCUGGAAGGCUUGGGCAUCAUAGGAGUCAGCGGUCAUGAUGUCGUACGACUCGAUACGGACGGGAAGCUCCAUGCUCUGCUGUGCCAUUUGCUGCAACCGUUUCUCCUCGGGUAUCUCGUCGUGUGCAGAGUCCUGCUAGAGGUGGCGGUGACUGAGCCGUGCGGGGAGCGGGCCGUGCUCCAGUCCACGCAGAGGAGGGUGGAGGAGCUGUUGGGUAGCGGAGCGCUGUCGCACCCGUACGCGCUCUGCCUGGAGAUCCACGGCAACGCUCUGCAGGCGCUCGUCUCCCUCCAGGCCCUCGGCAAGCUCCGCUCAAAUGACCACGUGCAGUACCUGGCUUACGAAAAUAAGCUGAACAAUGUAAUUGUUCAACUUGGUGGUUUGGUGGAUGAGUGUGGUGAAGUAGGUGGCAUGCCACACAUCCCAGCGAAGCUGUAGAGAAGUUACCGUUAGUGUAAAUUCAAUACUUGCUGUGUUCAUAUCAUUGGCACUUGUAUUUCAUUUAUGAUAGAAGCUAAUAGUACCUAAUUGAUUGUGCAAAUGCUGCUAAUAUUUUAUACGUUUGCCCUUGUGAUAAUGUGGGUGUAAGAAAUGCAGUAAUUUUUUUAUGUCUCUGAAAAUGUUCCAUCACUACAAGAAAUUAAUUUCUUUAUCAUCACAUGUCUAAGUCAGUUUUUUAUAGGCUAAAUAUUAUACUUUUUUAUUUUAACUACUAAAAGCUAUUAGAUUUUAUCUUUAUAGGUUCAACAUUAGACUGCUGUAAAUGUAAUGGUUACUUCAAAGUUGUGAACUUGGCUGUCCAUAUAAUAUUUUAUAUUGACGUCUCAUUACGUUAUAGAAUAUUAAUCAUUACUGCCGUAGCCAGAAUUUGCUAAAGUUGUAAAUGGAAAACACUAGUAUUGAUCAUUUUCUGUGCAUUAUUUAUUACAAAACUGAAAUAUUUCAUUAUUUAUUUUUUACAUUUAAACUAGAGAGUAAUGAAUGACUUUGUUUAAAGAUGUUUGUUGAAUAAAUGAUUGAGACUUCUGUUAUAAGUAUGUCUAUUACUUAGCAUUUCAAAUACGUAAAUAAAAUAAUGUCAGAGGGGGCAGGAAGAUUAUGUGGCAUGUGGUUUUUGAAGAAGUGAAAGAGAAAGUCUCUUAAAGCUAGGUCCACACUUGUAUCAUAUCAGCGUAUCUGUUUCCAGACAUAAUCUGUGAUCAUGAUACAUCCGUUUGAUGACGAGGCGGUGUGAUCUGCGUCAUGUAUCCUCCAGUCAAGUAUUAGCAGUGCGUAAGCUUUGGUAGUGAGAAGGCUAUCCAGCUGUAGUUGGUUGGUUGCUGCCAGCUAUAUUUUAUUACACCAUAUGUUAAAAAAAAACUCAUUUAUGUCAAGUAGAAGGUGGAUAAAAAAAAUUUUUCCGUCAACAUAUAGGGUCAAGCUGUUAACAUUUUUUAACAUUCCAGUCUGUAAGUGAGCAGUGUAGUUUGGCCAUGUGUCACCAUCAGAAUUUCAAUGCCUUUUGACCUCGUUUGGACUAUCCUUUAUGAAGAACAACACAAUUUUACAUUAAGCGAUUGAAGCAAGCUAUAAGAAACAUUAUUCCCGAAUCCCUGCUAAAAUUAUUCCUAAAGUUUCAGGUAUGUAAAUCAACAUUUUAUAAUGUUUUUGUUUGUACAUUACUCUGUAUUGUAUAAUACAAAUACUAAGUAUAAAAUUAAUAUACACCAGUUGAGCUUUAUUGAAACCAUCCUCUAAAGCACAAGUCAGUAGUCAAGCAGUUUAGUGAAGGUAUUUGGGGGUAAUUAAAUGGCUCGAGAGGUUGCUAGGAUUAUGUGGAAAGAAUACUUAACAAACAUGGCAAAAAAUUGAUUUUAUAGCCCAUGGUUGGUUGAUAGAAAACACUUUUCCUUAACAGCCAUUAUGUUUGUUUGUAGAUGUGUCUUCUUGUCUUCAAAUUACCUUAGUGUGUAGCUUCAUUAUUACGAAAUUUCCACAUGAUGGUUUUUUUUUAAUCAACAACCAUGCUGAUAGCUUAAUUAAUUUGAAAGUUUAAUCAAAAAUAUAAGAAUUGUCUUUUUCUGGGGCAUGUUUUUAAUAUUAUUUAAUUCAUUGUGUGUUUAAACGUUUUACUUUUUCAUGAAGAGAUAAGCUGAUGUAUUACACAUAUGAACAUAUUGGCAGUAAUCUGUGGGCACUAAAUAACUUCAUUAUUUUCUAGCGUAAUGAAUAAUUUUGUUUCAAGUAAUUAAAAUGGUACAGAUACUCUGGGUCACAAAAAAUUUUUUUUUGUUGAUAGUGACUUAUCAGCCCUUGAAAUUAUAUAUAUAUAUAAUGACAUGAGUUCAGUCAACAAAAAAAAAAAUCCCAAAAUUAAUUUUUUGUUUUGUUUUAAGGGAAUGAAUUGCCAGGUUUUUUGUUUUCUUGCAUUUGGCAGCACUUUUUUAUGGUUCCAUUUAGGGUUUAGCCUGUAUAUAAUUCUCUUUUUAUUUGUCUAUAUUGUACAACUUAAUUUCUGGGACUCCUACGAAGUGUGGGGAAAAAAUAAAUGUGAGCGAAUCUUUCAGUACGUUCGAGUGGUUUGUAAACAUAUAACCCCAGUAACAAUCAAAUUCAUGUGUUCUGAUGUAGCAAAUAAACUUAUAAUAAGAAACUGUGACACAAAAAAUAAUGUAGAAUUCUUUAAAUUAUUACCUAGGGUGAUAAAUUUAUUUAUUGAAUUUUAUAUCUAUUAAUUAUUUGCUUUUCAAGUACCAAAAUUUCUGUACAUAAAUUACCCAUGUGCUGUCUGCACCCGCCACUAUAAUUUUCUGCCUGAAUCAUAAAUGUUGCUUGCCACCAUCAUGCGUAGAUAGCAGCACGAAACGGGCGUAAAUUAAAUACUAUUAGAAACGGUUCCGAUAAAAGUGAAAAAGACUUUAAAAAAUCUUCGACCCUGGCUUUGAACCUGACUUUCCUCAAGGAAUUUAAUUAAAAUACUUCCUUUCUUGUUAAAAUUCACUAAACUGCUAAUACUAUAAAUUUUACGCACAUGUUAGGAGUUAUUAUUCUAUGACAUUACUAAACUAUUAAACCUGAAGCAUUUUUAAACACAUAUUAUAACAAGUAUAUGUAUUGACGUCCCUCGGCUUCUGGUCCCUAUUUCCCUGUUUACUAAAAAUGUCCGUUAUGCCCGUACUGCUCUCGUCGGAGAGGUGUGGGUCCAGGCCGACGUGGCCGGGACCUGGAAAUGUGGGACCUGGAGGGAUGGUGAGGUAGAGUGACUGGUAGAUCGAAAGGACCACUCGCUGUUAAUCGGUUCACGAGCUCUUUUAUUGCGUUCAGAGAGCUUGCCGCGGCCUGGCAGAUCCGUCGCGGGUUGCGCGCCUCUCCCACGAUGACCCGGACUCCCGGUGACCGUCUCGUACGGCCCACUCGUCCCGACGCGUACCGGCUUUUAUCCACGUAACAAAGUUCCUGAUAGUCAACUAUGUUGUAAUGGCACGUGACGCGUGCGCGGCCCCUACGUACUGACUCGUAACGUCUGCGAAAGUUCUGCGACGCGUAACGAAGCUUACGCGUCCCGUAAUACGUGAUGCGUGACGUAACUUACGUACUCGCAACUCAGGCACCCACUCGCGUGGGCGGCUCGUCGUGGGCAGCACGGCUGCUGCGAAAGAUGCUCGUCCUACGGCUGAGUCGCCGGACCGUGAGCUCGACACCCGUCUCGCGAUCAGCGCGGAGCGGAGCGCACGUCCGCCGCUGCUCGAGUCCUGAGUUCAACUACUGCUCUCCCCCGCUCGUCCGCGGACCGUCGCGCGCGGGCUGCGGGGGAGUGGAGGGGAAAUCGGCCGGCGUGGGAGAGCGCCACCCCUCGCGACGCGGAUGAGCGCCAGGCCGCGCUUACAUACAGACACUGCGAUACGUUUACAAGAAUUACACGAUAGUUGCCGAUAGUUAAUACAUACAUAACAGUUACACUAUUUACACCCUUAAACAAAGUCACUGUCAUUUAGAAAGAAACAUAUAUACACGGAAAUAUUUACAUAAAAACACUGGCGUGCUAGGGCGCACGCGGGUGCGUCCCUAGCCGAUGCACACACUGGGGUUCACUGGGGUUCACUGGGGGGGAAAACAGCCCCCCUCAGGCCCGCGUCGGUGGCCAGGUACGGCCUCUGUAUCUGGGAGGGUACGACGACUGUCGUCAGUAUGUACCUUUGUUUUUGCUCAAACGAUUGAAAUCAGCCUGUAAAUACUUCCUACAAACAAACCUUAACCUUAUUGAGCUGAUUCAACAUAAUUAUUUUUUUAUUUUAUUAUAUUAUGUUAUUAAAAAAAGUUGUAAACAGCUUUCCUGUGACGAGGUUGAAACACGUUAAAAAUUACCUGUUGAGCUUCUCAAAGGCACGCUCUCCACCGCACUUUUGAGACUAUUACGUAACUUUGCAGGCUGCUGUGUAUUAUCAACAGUGUGAUGCCAGUUUUCUUAAGUGUUUUGAAACAUGGGAUUACUUUUUACUAUGCCUGUUUUAGUUCACCGAAUACAUUCCAGGGUAGUUCCACUAUCUUGAAGUUUCAUUUGUCACACCAAUAUAUUUGGUAUGUCUCCUGAUGUUUACGAAAGUGACUCCAUAUGGGUUGAUGUUGCUACACGUGCGUCCACCAUGUGACUUCUUUUCCAUUCACGAAAUUACUCCCUCCAAAUGCCUUAUACCGAGAGCUAAGAUGUUUACACAGCAAAAAUGUUUCACCGUAUGUUUGAAUUCAUUUUGAAAAAAAUAUUUGAUUUUCAUGAGAGUAAUUUGAUAUUUGAUUCCAAAAUUGAUUUGGAUAACAAAAGCGUGUGCUGAAACCUAGUAAUUGGGACUCUUUUUGUCCGCACUGACUAUCUGCAUCGCGUAUCUUCCCUUUGCUGUGAUGGCAACAGUCACACUCUUGGUGGGCAGUCUUUAUCUCAUCAUUAUAUCAUUUUUGGUACAUAUGAUUGAUAUAAAACUUUGUUUUCACAAACCUCAAGAUAUAGAGCUUGAUAAAAAUACGUUGAUCUGUAACAAGUGUGUGCACCUAGCUUAUGAAUUUAGCUGUUAAAAUGUUUUCAUAAGCUUCAGUAAUCGUGCACAUGAUGUGUAAAUGCAAUAUAGCUUUGUUCAAUGGAAAUGUAUCACAACCAAUUAAGUUAUUCUGCUGUACAAUAAUUGCUAAUUGAAAACUAAUUAAAUUAAAUACCUACAUAGUUACUUCAUCUUUAUGAAACGUUUUUAUGGUUUUUGAAUGGUAAGGAUGAUAUAUUUUUAAUCUCUUUAAAUAUAUAUUGUGAGAGGAUUUCCCUUUAAGUUCAAAGAAAAAUUUUUGAUCUCAUUUGUGUUGUGUAAUUGUAGCAUACAAUGCUAGUGAUGCAAACAUAUCACUGUAAUAUUAACAAAUAUGAUUUUAUUUUUCUUUACUAGGUUUUGAGAGUGCUAAACCAGUUUUAAAAUGUAUUUUAGUACAGAUGAAAUUAUUUAUUAAAAUAUUACAACUAGAGCAUUUGCUUUGCUGAAAAAUAUUUACAUAAUAUUAUUAAAUUUAAUAUAUAUACGUACAUUUCAAUUAUAAUAUGUUUUGUCAAUGAGAAAAUAUAACUGUCUUGGAAAAGCCAGUUAAUUCUGUUUGUUGUUUUUGUUGGCUACCUUAUAUAUUUCAGACUUAUGCAAUUAGGUGCUUGGGACGAUGGCUGCAAUCACAGCAAAACUGAUUGCUGAUUGGUUAACGUGACCCUCUGUCAUCAUGUGUGGUGUGGGCGAUGGUCUGAAUCUCCCUGGUCCAAAUACAUUUGUCAACUUACACUUUUUGUCCCAGUCUGUGUCCUUUGGUAGCAUAGAACAAGAAGAACACUCAUGACAUUUGCUGUUCGGGUUCCUGGUACAAAAAAAAAGUAUUAUUAAACAGAAAGGAAUGAUUAAAUAUCGUUGAAUUUCCACAACAUUUAAAAGUAAAAUGAAUGUACAAAAAUUAGCUGCGUACUCAUUUACACUGCAUAAUUAUAAUAAACAAAAUCAAUCGAAAAACACUUAUUUUGUUUCCCAUAAAUAUUCAUAAAAUUGUAAAAUGUAAAAGUUGAAUGCACUAUCGUGUUCGUUUUUUAGUUUGAUGGCACCUGUGAAUCUUUUUCUUCAACUUGAAGAAUUCAAGAUUUUGAUUGUAGGUACAUUUUGAAUUCUAUGUGGUGAAAUAAUAUGUGUAAGAAAUUAUAAAUUUAUUAUUCCUAUGAUAGCUUAAAAUUAACCCUUUUUUACUCUAUUGUUGGUGGUUAUGAAAUUGCGUUGAAAUUUUUUUUUUUACAUUGCACAGUCUCAAUUAGCCAUGUUCGUUGUAUGUGAAAAUUUUGUGAUAAGGUUCACAGUUCAGACUGUGGUCAUUGUAAAAACUUAUAUUAGGAGUAUGUACUAUAAAACUCCUCUUCACUGCUCUGGUUUUACACGCUUUUCAUUUGAUAAUUGGUCCUAAUACCAAUUAAAUUCUCAGCUUCUGGUGUGAAGACUGAUGACUUAGUACAAAAGCUGCCAUUGAACAAUAUCGUUACCAAUGACCUUGGCAUGACAAUAUGCACAUUGCGCUCAUAUGUAUGUUGUGUGUUUUUCAUUAGCUUUUGAGAAAUGAUUUUACAUUGUUCUAAGUAUAUACUGUUGAAAAUUGUAUGUUUGGAUUUUGCAAAUGCAAUUUGUUGCUUUAAAGUUUUGGAAUAAAAAAUUUUUC